UGCGGCGGCGCGGCAUGGCGGGUUCCGCGGGGCUGGCGUUGUGCGGGCAGACGCUGGUGGUGCGGGGUGGCAGCCGAUUCCUGGCCACCUCCACUGCGAGCAGCGAUGACAACAGCCUCUUUGUCUAUGACUGCAAUACUGCAGAGAAGAAGUCACAAGAAAAUAAAGGGGAGGAUGGGCCACCCUUCGUCCCGGGGAGCGGUGCGAUUCUGGCAUCCACCUUCUCCGAGUCUGGCCGCUAUUUUGCUUUAACCGAUGACAGUAAGCGUCUGAUUCUUUUCCGUACAAAACCAUGGCAAUGUCUGAGUGUCAGGGCCGUGGUGAGGAGGUGUACGGCCUUGACAUUCACCGCCUCCGAGGAGAAGAUCCUGGUGGCCGACAAGUCUGGAGACGUCUACUCCUUUUCUGUGUCGGAGCCACAUGGGUGUGGCCGUCUUGAGCUCGGGCACCUGUCUAUGCUGUUGGACGUGGCCGUGAGUCCUGACGACAGCUUCAUCCUCACUGCUGACCGGGACGAGAAGAUCCGGGUGAGCUGGGCGGCGGCACCCCACAGCAUCGAAUCCUUCUGCCUCGGGCACACUGAGUUUGUGAGCCGCAUCUUCGUGGUGCCGGGUUAUUCUGAGUUGCUCCUGUCCUCCUCCGGGGAUGGCACUCUGAGGCUCUGGGAGUACAGAAGCGGCCACCAACUGUACUGCUGUCACCUGGCCAGUCUGCAAGAGCUGGUGGAGCCCUGCAGCCAGAAGAGGCUGGCCGCGUCCAGGAUCGCCUUCUGGCGCCGCGAGGGCUGUGUCGCGCUGCUGUGCGACUGCACCCCGGUGGUCUACAUCUUCCAGCUCGACGCCCUCGGGCAGCAGCUGCGGUACAGACAGCGGCUGUCGUUCCAGCACUGUGUGUGGGACGUGGCUUUCGAGGAGGCGCGGGGGCUGUGGGUUCUGCAGGACAGCCGCGAGGCCCCGCUGGUGCUCUGCAGGCCUGUGGACGGCCAUUGGCAGUCGGUUCCUGAAAGUGCUGUGGUGCAGACCGUCUCCGGCGUGCUUCGUGGGCACUGGGCCAUGCUGGCAGGCUGUGCUGGCGCCGACGCCGGCUUCAGCGGCCUCUACAAGGCCACCUUCGACAACAUGACCUCCUACCUGCAGAAGAAAGAGGAGCGGCUGCAGCAGCAGCGGGAGAAGCGGCAGCGGCGGCAGAGCCCCCCACCCGGGCCCAAUGGGCAGACCAAGGGGACGAGGCCGGGGCCAGCGGCCUGGAGUUGCUGACCCUGGUGGUCGGCCGUGGCUCUCUCAGCACGAGACAGCGGGGCAGCUUGCGCUUGUUUCCCCUCACCCUGGCAGCUCCUUUGAAGAAGAAAAAGAUGGCGGCAGUUAGGUCCCAACCAGCACGGCUCAGGAGGGGAUGGUCUCUUGGGCUCUAGCAUGUUCUGUGUCACUGAGCACAGGCUUUUGUGGGUGUCUGUGUCCCCUUGUUGAAGGGAAGCCGCGCAGGGCUUUGGCUUAACUGAGAGACUGCAGGGGGAGCAGCAGCGCCGCAAAGCACUUGAAUCUUCGUGUUGGAGGCAGCGCGAACCCGCACGAGAGUCACUUGCUGAUUUUUUUACUUUGCCCACAACACCGUUCGUGCCAGCUGCGUCUAUCUCCAGGGGAGAUCAGCAGGCACACGUUUUCGUAGUGACGUGUGGGCCACAGAGACAUUUUCAUGUUGCUCCACAGCCUCCCUCCAGGUGUGCUGCCAGGUAGGUGGCCACCUGCCACAUGGGGACCUUGAAACUCGGCAGAAUUAGCUCCUCUCAGCUGCAGCCACGUUGCCUGUGCUCAGCACGUGGCGCUGACGUGGGAAGUGCAGCAACACGCCUGC